AUGGUCUACAUCUCGUCCUGGCAGGAAUUCCAGGAGGCAGCGGAGGCACUCUAUGAAAAGGCUCCCACCCGAGCUCGGUAUUGUGUGAAAUGGAGGGCGUCGGAGGGUAAGCUGGUGCUGAAGAUCACCGACAACACGACAUGCAUCAAGUUCAAGACUUACUCAUCCAUAUACCUCAACCGAUUUGAGGCCUUGAACCUCUCUUUGAUGCAGAAGAUGCAGAAUCAACGACCUAAACCAGCGUCUGCUCCAGAUGUAAAAUCCGAACCAGUGGAUGCCGCCGCACGCGAGGCUACUCCUACACCUGGGACGUCCGGGGUAGCGGGCGGGGCUGGAGUAAAGAAGAAGAAACCUAAGAAGAAGAAGUAG